AUGGCAUACGAACGAACAGGCCCGCACGCCUCGUCCCGCUCGGCCGUCCACCGCAAACUGCACAGCUGGACCUUCCUCCCCUUCCUGCAAUUCUUCGGCGGCGGCAUCUACGCCCCCGACCCCUCGACCUACGACCCCAUCGAGCUACUCCUCAACGCCUCGGGCGACGAGCAAGACACGCUCACCGCGCGGUGGCGCGACAACAAGCUGAGCGAGCUGAACUUCGUGGGCGUCGUGUCCGCGCUGCUGGCCGGCGUGCUCACGAGUACGGGCUCGUGGCCCUCGAUCCUGCCCUCGGGCGAGCUGUCGCCGUGGCCCAUCCGCACCACCUGGUACUGCGGCAUCGUGCUCUCACUGUUCUCGCUCCUGACCGCCGCCGACCAGACCGUGCGGCUGCACCGCCUGUCGUCGCACCGCGACGGGCUGGCGAACCUGCGCAACCUACUCUCCAAGACGAUGCGUCAGCGCGACUGUGAGGCUCAGGCGCGUGUGCAGCCCAGUCUGCUGCAGGUGGUGACCUGGCAGAUGCCGGUCAUGUUUCUGACGAGCGCGACGCUGUGCAUGAUUAUCGGGCUAUUUUUGCAUGUAUGGAGUGCUACGCCGCAUGUGGGGCGGAUGGGGUCGUGGGAUGAUGAUUCGAAGGUCGCGGUGACGUAUACGAUUGUUGCGCUGGUUGCGAUCAUACUGUUUUGCGUGGGGCAGGUAGCGUUGUAUUCACCCAUUCGGAAGUGACCGUGAGACGACGGGUGGGACUUGGUGGUGGGACUUGGUGGUGGGAUGGAGUGCUGGAGAUGUUGGAAGCUGUGCAUGUUGAUAUUGGCUUGGUGCCACUACCCUACGAUCCGAUCCGACUACGAUCCGUCAAUAUCUUGCUACGAAGCCAUCAAUACGCAAUGAGGAGGGGUGCAGGUG